UACCCUUAUCGGCCGUAGUUAAACGAAAGCACAAUGGAAUUCUACGAGUCCACCUACUUCAUCGUCCUCGUCCCCUCCGUCGUGAUCGCCGUCAUCUUCCUCUUCUUCUGGCUCUUCAUGAAGGAGACGCUGUACGACGAAGCUGUGGCCAAACAGAAGAGGGAGCAGAAGUUCCCGCCCACCAAGACCGAGAAGAAGAAAGCCGAGAAGAAGAAGAGCAAGAAGAAAGAGGCCCAGAACGGGAGCCUCCACGAGUCCGAUUCGGAGAGCGCCUCCAGGGACUUCAGGCUCUCGGACGCUCUGGGGGCCGACGAAGAGCACAUUGUGCCUCCCCCCUUGGGCGUGACGGAGGCCCCCGGCGGCCUUCGGGAGCGCAAGAAGAAGGAGAAGAAGCGUAAAGGCAGUCCGGAGGAGCACGCCCCGAGGGAGCCGGAGGGACCCAAGCCGGCGGGGAAGAAAGUGGAGCCGGGGCCCGUCACGAAGCAGCCCACCCCGCCUUCAGACACAGCUGGGUCGAAGAAGAAGGCUGGGCAGAAGAAGCAGAAAAACGGAAUAGACGACCAGGACGCGAAGAGUGAUUCAUUACUACCCCCAACCAAAAAGCAAGACCCUCUCCUCUUACAUCACGAGGUCAAACCAGAAAGCGCAUCAGGGAAGAAGAAAGUUUCGGCCAAGAAGCAGAAGACAGAGAAUGUGAUGCCGCUGGUGGACGAGCCGUUGAUUCACGCAACGACUUACAUCCCCCUGAUGGACAACGCUGACCAGAACCCGGCCGCGGGGAAGAGAGAAGUGGCCGGCCUGGCGAAACCGGACGGGAUCGAAGGGCUGCAGAAGAGCAACGCGAAGAAGCUGAAGAACGAAACCGAUAAAGAAAACGCGGAAGUGAAAUUCAAGGACUUCCUCUUGGCCAUGAAGAACAUGAUCUUCACCGAAGAGGAGGCCUUGAGCGUGGUGGAGCUGCUGAAGGAGAAAUCGAACGUGAUCCAGGACGUGCUCCAGAAGGCUAGCAAGGGUGACUCGGCCGCUGCCGCCGCGCAUCAGCUGCAGGAAAAGGAGAAGCUGCUGGUGGCCUUGAAGGAGGAGGGCGCCAUCGCCAAGGAGCAGUGCAAGCAGCUCUCGCAGGAGCUGGUUGCCGAAAAAGAAAGGAACAACCUGGUGGCAGCGAAGAUGAGAGAGAGGAUCGGCACGCUGGAAAAGGAGCACGGCGUUUUCCAGAACAAAAUCCACGUGGGCUACCAAGAGAGCCAGCAGAUGAAGAUGAAGUUCCAGCAGCUUCGUGAGCAGAUGGAGGCCGAGAUCAAUCGCCUGAAGCAGGAGAACGGUAUCCUAAGAGACGCCGUCAGCACGUCCACCAACCAAAUGGAAAGCAAGCAGUCUUCCGAGCUCAACAAACUGCGCCAGGAUUGUGCCCGGCUGGUGAACGAGCUCACGGAGAAGAACAGCAAGUUGCAGCAGGAGGAACUCCUGAAGAAGAACGCGGAGCAAGCCAUCAAUCAGCUGAAGGCUCAGCAGCAGGACGCCGAACGGCGAUGGGAGGAGAUGCAGACCUACCUCCGCAAACGGACAGCAGAGCACGAGGCCGCCCAGCAGGAUGUCCAGAGUAAGCUUGUGGCCAAGGACAACGAGAUCCAGAGCCUGCACAGCAAGCUGACGGACACCAUGGUCUCCAAGCAGCAGCUGGAGCAGAGAAUGAUGCAGCUGAUGGAGGCGGAACAGAAGAGGGCGACGGCCGAGGAUUCGAUGCAGAGGCAGGUUCAGGAGCUGAUGGAACAGAACGAGGCUUUGAAAGCUCAGGUCCAGAAGUUCCAUUCACAAAUGGCGGUUCAGAACUCUGCUUCAGUCCUGGCAGAAGAACUCCACAAAGUGAUUGCAGAAAAAGACAAACUCAUCGGCCAAGCUGAGGAAUCCUUAGCUGAUGAACGGAUGAAAGCAACCAGCAAGGAAGAGGAUCUAUUGGCUCUACAGAACAUGAACAUGUCCUUGAAAGCAGAAAUGCAGAAGCUGCAGGCUCUGACGAAUGAAAAGGCGGCGGCUGCGCUCGAGGUGGAAAGGAUGCAGAAAAGCACUCAGGUCAAAGAUGACAAAAUCAGAACACUAGAAGAGCAGCUUCAUGAACACCGUUCCAAGACUACAGGCGUACAGGAGGAGCUUCAGGACCUAAAGGAUCAAAACGCAAGUUUGCACAUGGAAAUUCAGAAGCUGCACGCCUCCUUGUCGGAGCAGGCUAAUACGGAAUUGUUGGAGCAAAUGGAAAGAAGCAUCACAGACAAGGAUGACAAGAUCAAGACGGUGGAAGAACUCCUCGAGACGGGACUCAUUGAGAUGGCAAAUAAGGAGGAUGAGCUGAAGGCACUAAGGAAGGAAAACUCAUCCUUGAGAAACGAAGUGGCAAGUCUGCAGAGGGCGCAAACGGAACAGGGUUCCUUUGCAUCAUUAGUGGAAGAAUUACAAAAAGUAAUCAGCGAAAAGGAUGGGAAGAUCAAAUCAGUGGAGGAGCUCCUGCAGGCCGAAGUCCUAAAAGUGACAACAAAGGAGAAGACGGUCCAGGACUUGACACAGGAAGUAGAGGCUCUAAAAGAAGAUGUAGGGAAGGCCCAGCUUGAGAAGGACGCUCAGAUAUCAGUUGCACAAGAAGUCAAAGAUCUUCAGGAUCUGUUGAAAGGGAAGGAAGGGGAAAUACACAAAAUGGAGGCCUUGCUGGACGAGAGGGGGGAAGAGAUGGCUCAGCAACGGAAAGAGUUGCAGGCUAUACAAGAGGAGAAUCAGUCGUUAAGGGUGCAGAUUCAGGAAAUAAAGCGAGAGAACGGAGAACAGGAGUCACUGGCGAGCAAGAACGACCAGCUCCUGCAGCUAAACCAGAAGACAAGCAGAAAUCUGAAACAGAGCUUUCAAAGAGGCAUCUUCGUCCUAACAGAGAGGAAUGCGGGCGUUGCGCAAACAGGCAACCCACGGGUUGCGAAAGACAACCCACGGGUGGGAAAGAAGCGAGAGAUCGCCGGCCUCCAGGAGGAGCUGAGCACCAUGCAGCAGGCCGUGGAGCAGCAGAGGCAGAAGAACAAUGACCUCCGGGAGAAAAACUGGAAAGCCAUGGAAGCAUUGGCCUCAACAGAAAAAUUGCUGCAGGACAGAGAGACCAAGACGGCCAAGGAGAGGCAGCAGUCCCUGGAGACGGUCGAGAAGGAGACGAGAACCACCCUGCAGAAGCUCUUCCCUGCCGUCUCCCUUCCUUCCACCUUGAGCCACGCAGAAUGGAUGCGAGGAUUUGAAAAGGCGUUGCAGGAGGAGCGCACAAAAGAAGCGCCUCGAUCGGAGGAGGCGAAGGUGAUGGAGCAGAAGUUGAAGGAAGCGGACGAGUUGCAUAUCAUGCUGCAGCAGGAGUGCGAAAAGUACAAAGCGGUCCUUGCAGAGACGGAGGGCAUCUUGCAAAGGCUACAGAGGAGCGUGGAAGAGGAGGAGAGCAAGUGGAAAGUCAAAAUCGAAGAAUCACAAAAGGAGCUCCAGCAGAUGCGCGCGUCGGUCAGCUUUUUGGAGCACGAAGUAGCAAGAUUAAAGGCUGAAAUCAAAGAAGUUGAUUUGCUUAAAAAGGAGCGAGAACACUUGGAGCAGGAACUGGAGAAAGCAGAAAUCGAGCGAUCAACGUACGUUUCCGAAGUCCGAGAGCUCAAAGAUCUCUUGACUGAGUUGCAGAAAAAGCUUGAUGAUUCAUAUUCUGAAGCCGUAAGGCAGAACGAAGAGUUAAAUUUGCUGAAAACCCAGUUGAACGAGACGGUAUCCAAGCUUAAAAGUGAUCAGACCGAGAGGCAGAACGUGGCUGUCGACUUGCCGAAGGCCCAGGAGUCGUUGGUGACUCUCGAAAGGGAAAUAGGAAAAGUGACAGGAAACGCCGACGUGAUUGAGAACAGCGACGUCUGUUCACAGAUGGCAGGGACCGAGAAAGGCGUCAACUUGGCCAUGAGUCUAAGUCAGGAUAUAGAUCAUCUCAAGAAACUGCUUGCUUCAGUCAACCAAAUGCUCGUGAAGGGAAAAGAACACUACCAGCUACUAGAAUGAAAUUGCGGGACGGUCGUUGGUCGGAGGGUAGCGGAAGGGCACUGUAUUUUAUAUUUUGCCAAAUUAAAGCCUUAUUUAUGUGCUCACCCUUUCUACUUCGUCGAAACACCGAGCCGGGCGUUGUCUUUUCUACUUCCUCGUUAGACUACUGAUUUAAACCAGAUGAUGAAGAAGAUGACUCUGUAGACACCUCCAGAGUUUAGUUUUAUAAUUAAAAUUAAAAUUAAAAGCGGUUUGGAAUAAUUAGAGCUUUACAUUCCUUUGGAGCGACAGUAAAACGUGUAACCUUCUGUCUUUACUAUGCUCAGUGAAAACCUCGUUCAGAACACACACCUGACGUAGCAGCCGUGAACAAAAAUAACCUUUUAAUACUGACAGUCUGCACUGUUCUACUUAGAUACGUUUUUGGGAGUAGCGGCCUCUGACUUCCCACCUUCAAGUAAACACUCCUCUAUUAUUAUUUUUUGGUUGCUAAUGUAAUCCAUUUUUGUAAUGGUGUCAGCAAAUAAAGGGAUGCUUAUU